AUUACGAAAUGGCAAUACUGCUUUUGAUUUUCUAUUGUGGCGACAUCUAGCAGGAGUAUUAAAAAUAAUUCAUAUUUAAUUUCCUCAUUUAAAUUAACAAAUAUUGUACGAAUUAAUAAUAUUGUAUUCUAUUGCUAGACUAAGUUUUUGAGCUAAUCAAUUUUUCAUUAUCUGUUCAAUAGUACUGUAUGGCACCUAUUGGUGGAUAUUAAAAAAAAUAUUUUCCUAGAAUUUUAGCUCCGCCCACUUAUUGCUUUUAGGCAGACAGAGGUUAGGUCUUUGAAUACGAUUUUUUGCCGCUAGAGUUCUCAUAUGCCUGCAAUUGUGCUGAUUCGUUUCUUGUGAUGGUGAUAAAUUAUAUACGUUUUCCUUAAGUUUAGUGCAUAUACCAGGUCAAAGAACUGUAGGACAUUGAGAAUGUCGUCGCAAGACGAUAACCAGAAUGGCGGCACAUCAAAAGGGCCUAUUCUAAUUGAACGAAAUAAAGAGGAUAUAGCUGAACCUGUAAGUACUGCAUCUGCUAUUUUAGUGUCAAGUGAAAAUGCAAAUGAUAACUCAAACCAAGUGUCUGACACAAAAUGUCAUAUUUCUGUCUCAUCUAAAACUGAUUCAGUUGACGAUAAUACGCAGCCUUCUAUUUCAAACGCGAACGAGAAUCAAGAACCUAAAGAAAAAAUAAAUAAAGUGACAAAUGAGAGCAAUGAAGCUUCUUCAAAGUCAGACCAUGAUGAUGCUUCGGCACAAUCAAGAGAGUUAAAACUAUUGCUGGCCCUCUCUAAAGAAGCCAAUUUGGAUACUAACUUAUCAAGAAAGAGAAAGUCUUUGGGAGUAAGAAGAAAGACUGAAAAUCGAGGAAGCCCUAAUAAAGGUGCAAAAAUUCAGUACCCCGUAACAGCCGAAAGUGAAUUAGAAAUGGAGAUUCAACAUACAGAAGAUCCGCAAUUGGAGAACAAGAGUGAUAAUUUCUUGGGAAGUCCAUCUUUUAAAGCAGCCAAAAGAAAGAAAGGUAGUUUGUCAGAUGCUUCAGGAGAUGGCGCUGCUGAAGAAUCUGCUAAGAAGAAUAGAAAAUUAUUGAUAAGUGAUGUCACCAUGUUUAAGCCUAACAAGGAUAUGUUCUGUUGGAGAUGUCAUAAGGAUAAUGUCAAUAUAGCUUGUGAAACCUGUCCACGAAGCUAUCAUCAAAAAUGUUUAAAACAAACUAUAAAUAACCAGGAUCACUGGCCUUGUCCGGAAUGUGUCUCAAUAUUGAAAGCAGAAAGUACACAUACACGAUCGCCUGCUCUAAAAGGCAUGACUUUAGAACACCUUUGUAGUCUACUAAAAUUUGCUGUUAAUCGUAUGACUCAAUGUCAAGGGUCGGAGCCAUUUAUAAAUGCAGUAAAUGAAGCAGAUUUUCCAGAAUAUAGAAAAUAUAUAAUACAACCCAUGGAUUUAACUCUGAUUAGAAAGAAUAUUAAGGAAAAUUUAUAUGGUAGUACCCAGGCUUUCGAGGCAGAUGCCAAGUGGAUUCUACAUAACAGCAUCAUUUUUAAUUCAUAUAUGGAAAUGUCAUUAAAAUCAGAGGACAACAGCUUUCAGGGGAAAAAAUAUCACUCCAAGCUAACCACUGUUGCUAAGGGUAUCAUUAAAAUUUGCAAACAGGAAAUGGCUGAAAUUGAAAAUUGUCCGACUUGCUAUCUAAAUGCAAACACAAAAAAGAACACCUGGUUUGUAGAAGUGUGUCCCAAGCCUCAUUUAUUAGUUUGGGCAAAAUUAAGAGGAUUUCCGUUUUGGCCAGGAAAGGCUAUGAGUUGUAAGGAUGGAAUGGUCGAUGUACGAUUUUUUGGGGCUCAUGAUAGAGCUUGGGUACCUGAAAAGGAAUGCUUUUUGUAUUCCCCCAAAGACCCUAACAGUUUUCGCGUCAAGAGGGCUGAUAUUGAAGAAUGUGUGGAGGAAUUAAAUGUCCACGUUAUAAAUUUGAAGAAAGAAUUUGGAGAAUUUAGAUAUCCCCCAUUCAAAACUCCAGUGGAUCCUAACAAUGAAGCGAAACAGUUACAAGUGUUUUUGCCCCAAUACAAACCAAAUACUAAAAAUGUUAAAACCCCUAAAAAACAAUUUGCAGAUAAAACUAAGAUUGAUAGUGCAAAACAAGAGAAGGACUCAUCAAAAAAUGAAAGUAAAGAAGAACCAAAAGAAAAUAAAGAAAAGAUAAUACAUAAUGAUGAUGAAAUAAUUGCAGGAUAUGGUACUGAUGAUGAUGAAAUUCCAGAAAUUAAUACGGAAUUGAGAAAAAAAUUCAUGAAAUCCUCUGAAGAAGAUGAAAAACUUGAAGGUGAUGAUGAUGAUGAUACCCAGGUACCAAGCAAUAUUGAACCAGAUAAAAAUGGUUUAAAUGAAAUUGUACUCACAAAGGGUGCAUUAAAAAGCUUUCCAGCAGAUAGAAAGAAUGAGGAUCUAAAUAGCUCUUCGAUAUUAACUGAGUCAAAUGACACUACUACAAAACCGAGUAAAAAAGUAGAUGAUGAUGCUCAGUCUAAGAAAUCAUUGCGUAGAGAUAGCGAUGCCAAGAGUGAUUCUGCCAGACUUUCAGAUAAGAUUAAUCAUGUUGAUAUCUCAGAGAAUAUGGAAAUUAGUCUCGGCAAUGAAAAAGGAAGUGUCGGAUAUUCAGAAAACAUUUCAUCAAAUAGCAGCGAAUGUUCUAGCGAUUUCGGAGUAGAAAUAAAGAAAAAACCUGUGCAAGUUGAUGUCGAUAAUGUUGAAUUUACGAUUUCUCCAGCUAGCAAACUUAAAAUGUCUGAUAAGCUUAUAGGGCGUCUAUCAGAUAAAGACAAUACUUCCAAGGAUAGUCCUAGUACCAGUAACGCUAAUUCAGAAAGUUUACAAAACGUCAAACGAGAUUUAAAUAGUGAUAAAUCAGCACACACUACAAAACUGAUCGAGAAGUUAAAAGAAAUAGUGCAGCCAGCUGAACCAUCGGUAGAUUCAGAACUAUCAUCAGAUACCUUUGAUCCAGUCAGUUCAACCAAUGAAUCGCACAUAGAAUACAUUCAUGAAGACGAAGUCAAUGAAUCAGAUACUGGAGAAGUAACUGAAGUGACCAAAGAAAAGGAAACAGCUUUAGUUUCAACUUCAAGUACCGAAACUAAAACGUCAUCGGCUGAUUCGCAUGAACUUGAUAAAUCAGAUGUCAGUAAUAUGGAAAUAAAUGAUCAGGACGAGGAUAAUGAUCAAAGUUCGGAUGAGAACAGUGCAGAUGAAAAUACACCGCUUAGUGUGAUAUCAAAAUUGAAGUCUAAUGAUGUUUUAUCUUCGCACAAAGCUGUUGAUUCUCAGAAUUUAUCUAAAGAGAGUGCUACAUCAAAUGAUUCAGUUGUUUUAUCUGAUAAAAGUCUCAGUGAAUCCUCGUCUGAUCCUAAAAAGAAAAGCAAUUCCCCAGAAUUGGUGCAAGAAAAGGAAGUAAUAAGGAAGGAAAGUAGUAAGAAAGCCUCUGAACAAUCUGAUGAGAAUGAUAUUGUAUUUACAAUUGACGAUGAAGAUGUAGAAGAAGCUCAACCAGUAGAGGAUCCCCUAAAAGAUGUUGAAAUAAAUAUUGAUAAGGAAAAAAUAAUAAACAUAAUACACUCAUCUCUAAGCGACAGUUCUAAUUCUCCUGAAAAACCUGCUUCUUCAUCAGAAAAAACUAUUCGCAUGGAAGUCGAUGAGAGAAAAACCUCAACACCAAACGUAAAAAAGCGUAAAUUAGUGGAAGGAGACAAACCCGAAACGAUGGAUAAAAUAAUAAAAAUCGUUUCGACCGAAAUCAUUCUCGCCAAAGGGUCAGAUAAGGAGAAUCAAAAUAAAAACGAAUCUCCGUUAUUGCAGAAAAGUCUCGAAUCGCAGAAAAGUCUGAAGCAUUCUUCGACGCACACCUCUCCAAGCGGUUCGACCAGAAGUUCACUGCACGAAGCCCCAUUCGAAAUAAAAAGCGAGCCGGAAUCUGAAUCGGAAGUUGGCAACGUUCUGUACAUGGAGGCCAAGAAGAAGUAUCUUUCGGCUUUGAACAUUUUGGAAAAAUCCGAUCAAUUGACCAGCAAACCGAAGACAAAUAAUGAAAUUCGAACUCGGUCAAAAACUGAAGAAAAAAGAGAACAAGGAAGGAUUAUUGAUAAUCUAACAAAGAUUAUCGAUGAGGUCGCUGUAAAUUAUAGCGCCAAUCACGAGAAUGACGGAGAACCGCCCGUGAAGAAAAAAAUUGUUGCUGUAAAUUCGGUAUCUGCCAGUGAUAAUUGCGAAAUUUUUGUUAAAUCGUUUGCAAAAAUUGCUCCAGAUUCUACCGAAAAUAAUAACAAAAUCACUUUUCCUACUCCACCGCUUAAACACAGAGCUCGUAAAUCCUUUCCUCAACCAAACUACAGUAAAAAUACAAUUAAAGUUACGCCAAAACUUGUUAAGGAACCACCCAAAGUUCCCCCAGCUCCAGUUGUAGUGCAAAGUAAACCUAAUGCAGACACUCCAAAAUCGGUUUCUAAGACUACAACAGCUAUAUGCGUUCCUUUAACGACGACUGUAACAACUGCAGCUCCUCAACCAACCUCAAAACUUUCCGUUCCAUCGUUGAGCCAAAUAGAAGGAGUUCGCCCUACAAAUGGUUAUUUGAUCCUACAACAACCACAACAAGAUAACUUGUUAUUCAUACCGCCAAAUUCAAGUUUGAAUUACACCAGUACGCUAGGAAAUCAAAUGGUUUCAAUGACGCCUUGCUUAGUUUCGGCUCCAACGAGUACUGCGUUGAGACAAUUUACUCAACCGCCCACUAUAUGGACGCCCAACGCAGCAGCCGUUCAGCUAAAGCCAUCUUUAAACUUGAACAGUUCGCAAAACUAUAUUCCUCAAGGCGAAAGGAAUAAUAAUAAUAAUAGUAAUAAUAAUGACAAUCCACCUUUACCAAAUCUAGCAAUUCCAGUUACAACAGCCAAUACUACAACAAAUAUGUCUCUACCUAUUAUUUGCAGCACCUUAAUUGAAAAUCCAAAUAAUAAUGCAUCAUUAUCUAAGAACCCUACAAACAGUAACAACACGGAGACUACGAGGGAAGCAGUUACCAAUGAAACUGAAAGAGCUGUUACAGCCGAGCCGGAAGUUAUAUCCCAUACCAAUCCACCUGAUGAGUUUGCAGUUCUAAAUAGUUUAGGAGCAGAAAAUAUUUCGAAAGCUGUCAGUGAAAUUAUUAAAAAACCACCACCGAAAUUGAAACCUCGACCGCCUGGGGCUUUAAGUCAGCAAUUUAGUGAAGGUUUGCCAAGUUCUGCAGGUCCAGUUACUUCUAGAAUAAAUUCUGUGGCGCAUAAAUUGAGUGAUUAUUUUCGAGGUAUGCUAAUUGAAACUUUGGAAGAUUUGGGCAAGACGAGUAAUCCGGAAGCGACGAUAGCCAAUUUAAAGUUGGAAAUUGAAACUUUAAGGCACAGACAUGCCAUCGAAUUAUCAGAGAUCGAAAAGAACAUGUGUCUAAUAUUAAAAGAUGUACAGCGUAGUAUUGUAGAGGAUAGAGACAGAUUGAUUGAACAGACAAGAGCUGUCUGCGAAACGGAAGCUAUUAAAAGAAUAGAGGAAGCAAAAUCAAAACAAUGGUGUGCGAAUUGUUCAAAAGAGGCCCAGUUUUACUGUUGUUGGAAUACCAGUUACUGUGAUUAUCCUUGCCAGCAGAAGCACUGGCCAACCCACAUGAACAAAUGCACGCAAAAUAUUAACCAACCACAAAGCACUCCCACGACGAUGUUACGGCCCAACACGCAACAGCUGAUCUUAAGGCCGGCGAAUCCUCCCCCUAAGGGAGGAAAUCUCGGGAGAGUAAUUACGAAACCCUUACAAAAAGUGUAUGUAAAUCGUAAUAUGGCUAAUUCAAAGGGAAUGAGAGUUCAGACUACCGCAGGAAACGUUUUAACAAUGAUGGAGACAACGCCAGGAAACUAUCAGUUAAUGAGCAAUUCUUUGCUUAGGCCAAGUAACUCGAAUUCGAAUUUAAAGACAGGCAAUGUAAUUUCGCUUGUGCCGUCAGCUACCAGUUCGACAAACAGCAAUUUACCGAAAAAGAACGCCGCGCCGCCCAAGCAGCCAGUUAAAAUUCUGAAUCAGUCUGUUGCUGUUGCAACUAUCUCAGAGGAGGAUUCUGAUUAGCAGAUGUACAUAAUAAUUAACAAGGAUUGAAAUAUUCAUAACACGUUUUAUUUAAAUCUUUUAAAUCGCAGACCAUUUCUUCUUUGAAUUUAAUGUAAUAGUAGGAAUAUUGAAAAUAAGGCCAUAUACAGAGAAUAAUGGUUUUCUAGCUUUGUUAAAAAUUAAUUAAAACUAUUAACAGAAAGCAGUUCAUGUGAAAACGUGAAUCAAAAACAAUAUGUUAUUUUUAAAAUAUUCAUGAAUUUUAAUAAUUUUCUUCUGUUUCAUUAAACGUUUUGUUAGAUCUCAAAAGGUGGGUUUGCAUUGCAUUUUACGUUCCCAAUAUAAUUUUACAUAUAAAAUGACAGCGAUCUUCGUAGCCAUCGUUGACGCCGUUUUUUUUUCAAUCAUAUUGUAUAUAACAAUAACAAAUGUUUGCCAGGUACACGAGUCUUCUGAACCCGGCUUUACAUAUUGUUAUUAUUUGUCACAAAGUUUAAGUUUUUAUUUAAAACGGCUGGUUAUACAGGGUCGUGCAAAUAAAUAAAUACGUAUGAUAACUUCUAAAGAUUUUAAAAAUAAUUUGGGGUUUUUUAUAACCAUUUUCUAUUUGCCGUUUAUCUACAAAAUUGUUUGCUUAAAUGGCCCCACACACACCCGACACCACAAUGUACUUCUUUACCAGUCAAAGAGUGUAAUAUAUCAUAUUACCUAUGAUAUGUUCCCCAGAUUGUCUUUACAAGAGGAACAACUUUUUUAUUAUUAACAUUUUGAGAAAAAUACGUUCUUCAUAAAAAGUUUUGCUUGUUCUAA